AUGGACGACAUUAUAUUGCAAUUGCCACAGCCGAUAUUGCACCAUAUACUCCGUUACCUUCCCGAAGAAGAAGCCGUUAGAACUUGCCUACUCUCCAAAUCAUGGCGCUAUCUUGGCUCCACACGCCCCAAUUUCGACAUGCGAGAGAUCGAGUUUAAAGGAAGUAAACAGGAGUUUAUCAACCUCCUCGAGAGGUGCUUGCAACUAUACCAUGAUCACAAGAUUUGUCCACAAGAAUUCUUUCUCUCCAUGACAAAGCCCGAUUCCGAGUCGGUUUUGUUUCUUUACAAGUGGAUUCCGGUGCUCGCUCGGGAUUGGGCUGUAGAGGCCUUUAGUCUUUCUUUCGAAACACGUGCAAAUGCAUUCUUUGAUCUGCCCUCUGUCCUUUUCGAAUCCGAAUCCCUCCAAUCAUUGUACCUCACAGGCUGCAACUUGAGCCGAGUCAGUUGUUUCGACAAGGAAAUAUUGUCCGUGAAUCUCAAAGAACUCUGCCUUUCGAACGUUUUUAUUACGGAGGACAUUCUUGAGUAG